UCCACAGUGUUCCAGAGAAGGGAAAAGACAAGACUCUGCACAAAGGUGACUUCCGUAUUACUGCCUGUUUAAAAAUUAACUGUUAUAUGACACAUGAGGGCUGAAGAUAAGAGCUUUAUGUGACUAAACUUUGAUGGGCUGAAGCCAAGCCAUCCUGUUGGAACCAAUUUAACCCUUAUGUUGCAUCCAACCCUGUCGACUGCCUACCAUUUGUAAAGCUAACUCCCACAUAUGGUGGAGGAUGCGGGCAAAUGGUUGCUAAGGGUAAUGGCUGCAUACCUUUUUGUUUUAACUCUGUAACCUGCGUAUGCCCUGGAUAAAGGCUGCUACAUUGUUGCCCAGCGAGACUCCUGCCAUGGAGGAGCUGGUUAAGCAGUUGGUGCAGGUCAGUGCUGGCCAGCAGGAAACCAACCUUCUGUUGCUGGAACAGGUCACAGUCCUGAGAGAUAGUGUGUCAGCUCAGCCAAAGAAUAUGGAGGGGUUAUCUGGGACUGUGAAUGUAAAAAAAGGCAGUGCACCACGCCUUGCAAAAAAUGACCCAUAUGAUGACAUAGAGGCUUAUCUGGCGAUGUUUGAAAGGAUUGUGGAAAGGGAGAAACUCGCUGCAGCUGAAUGGACUGAGGUUCUGGCGCCUUAUUUGACUGGGGAGCCGGAAAAAGCAUAUUUUGAUUUAAUGGCAGAGCAGGCCAGAGACUAUAAUAUCCUUAAGGCAGAAAUCAUGGCCCGGCUGGGAGUCACUUUACCUGUACGUGCUUGAAGAGUCCAUGACUGGCGGUUUGAGAAAAAUAAGCCGCCCCGCUCCAAAAUGUUUGAUUUGCUACACCUUGUGCAUAAGUGGCUACAACCAAAGACACUGAGUCCCGCAGACAUUGUCGACCGAAUUGUGUUCAACCGCUAUGUGAAUGGACUUCCUUUGGAUAUCCACGAUGUGUUGCUCAAGGAGACCCCAAAACGUUGGAUCAGUUAGUUUCACUUGUUGAGCGGUUAACGACUACCAAGACCUGUCUAAGGCCUGAAGGUAUACCACAGUAGUUUGUGGGAUUCUCUGGUGGUCGUUGACAGAGAGCAACCUCCACAGCCAUUCUGCGUCUGACCAGGAGGGCCGAGCCAACAAAGGGGAAAGAAGUUUUUCGUUCCAAGAAAGAUACCCUCCCGUUCUGAAGCCCCACUCAAAGACCGACCUGAGGUCUGUGGUUGGAAGUGUCAGCAAUCGGGGCAUAUUGCAGCACACUGUCCCCAGGGGGAGGAGCCAAUGGAUUGUGGUUCCACCCGCCACCUCUCCAAGUUUGCUCGUCCUGUUUGCAGCGCUACACCCCUGCAGGAACCAGGUCCUCAGGAGCAUCAACUUCAGCUUCCCAAAAAGAACAGGAGAAGCAACCACAAGGAAGAGGAAGACAGAACUUUCACCAGAAGAAUCCAGGAAGAGGAAGAAGAUGGACGAUGACAUCCCGCAGCCAGAAGAACGGGCUGCUUUCUUCACACUCCUUGAAGACGAGCACAUCCAGUACUUUCUAGCCAGGGACAGCUGCCUUAAGAUCUCGGACAAGUAUCUCCUGGCCAUGGUCCUCACGUACUUUAGAAGAGCAAACCUGCGUACUGAGGAAUACAGGACUUACUUCUUCCCAAGUCUAUUUUUGGCCAACCAGUUUGAAGAGGAAGAGUUCUUUAGACGUGAGAUCUACCCCUGGGCCCUCGGAUUGAUGUGGAUGAUCCAAAAGAAGCAGCUUCAUCAUCUACGCGAUCAGAUGUUCAUCCGGAUGGGAUUCAGAGCUUGGGUGGAACGGGAAACCUGUGAUCUGAUCAUGGCACAAGACCCUGACCAUUGCGCAUGGAAGAGAGAGAGGAAAGUCCAUCACAGCUGGGCUAUACGCCAAUGCAGGAGGGAUGAUGCAGACUUCACCAUCACAGGUACAUGGAUCACCCCUGCACCCUGCUCUCUGUGUAACACCAUUCUCCAUCCAUGCCAGGAGGAAUAGAACAUCCAUUGCCAGGCAGAUACAUAGGAGGAACACAGAACAGCGGACUCACAAACAUCUCUGAUGCCAGGAUGGGAAACAUGGCCACUGGACCUCCAAGGAGAAGAAUCAAGACAGGACAGAUGAAGACCUGGAUAAAAUAUAUACUUUAUGUCUUACCGACUCCUAGAACAUCUCAGGUAAACAACACAAGACAAGCAAUAAGACAACAUU